UUUAAUCAUCUAGAUUUUUUUUUCGCCUAUUCAAAAUUUAUAUUCAAUUUGCAGAAUAAGGGAAACGAACGAUGCUGAUUACAUCAACAAUAUUUGCUCCAUUAUGGUAUCCAUUGCGAUAUCAGUGGGGAUUGCUACGAUCACUAUCAUCCGGAAUGCAAGUGCCGGGCACAAAUCUAGUUCUAGUUCCAUCCACCGGCAGGAGCCGUUUUAAAGGAUAUUGGAUAUUGGCUAUUGCUGGUGCUUGGUUGGUCAUACGUUUGGUCAGUUCUGAUUUUAAAGAAGCAAUGGGGGAGAUGCUAACGGAUAUAAUUGAUAGACAAAUCUCUUAUAAAGAAGUUAAGAACGAGCAAGAGAAGAUAAGAACAAAGCUGCAUCAUCAUCACCACGAGAAGGAGGACCAAGAGGAUCAGCAGAACGUGACUACAACAAUACAUGAGGAGGAGGAGGUAUCAUCAUCGAGUGUGGAAAACUACAGUAGCACUUAUAAUGAUGAUAGUGGUGAGGAGAAGGUUUUUUAUUGGCGGCGACUGCCUGGUGGACGAAAGCCAACGUUCAGUUUUACGGCCAAGGAAUUGGACUUUUUGCUACAAUUGCCUCUAAGUGUGGACUGCAACGAUAGUCAAAUCUCAGAUAGCGACGAGGAAGUGGAGGAGGAGGACGAGGAGCAUGGUGAUGAAGAAGAAUCGGUAUCUUCCGAAUCUACAGAGAGCACAGAAACUGAUACAGAGAAUGAGGAUGAUCAUCAAUAUAUAGAAACAUCUACUCCAUUGCAAUUAUCGCAAGAACAGGAUUCAGAAACAGAGUCAUAUGAUGGGGAUCAAUAUCAGGAUUAUGACUUCUCGUCGCAAGAGACUGAAGAUGAUGCUGGCUCCACUUAAGCGGAGAGAAGCCAACAAUUGCCCAAGCAGAGAAACAGGAUAAAAAGAAGGGGUGCAAUGAUGUCUUUACUUCCCCCUCCUGCUCCUCCUCCACACACUCACACAAACACAAACAGAGAAACUUAAUAUUUGUAUACACAAAACGAGGAGAAGCUAAAAACCCAAUGAAGGGAGAAACGACCUCACACACAAACAAACACACACACGCACAUGGGCACGCGUAUUCUAAUAAAUUCUAUGUAAAAUUUUCUUUUUUUUUACUCACAAAAUAAAAUUUCAAAACCAA